AUGGCAGCUGCUUCUUCGCAUGCCAAGCUCCUCCUCACCUUGGUGCUAUUGCAGGCUCUCAUGGACUCCGCCGCGCCGGCCUGCUCCGUCGACGCCAUCUACAGCUUUGGCGACUCCAUUGCCGACACCGGCAACCUACUCCGAGAGGGCCCUGUCGGCUUCUUCUCCUCCAUCGGCAGCUUCCCCUACGGCCAGACCUACGAGAAGCCGACUGGUCGCUGCUCCGACGGCCUCCUCAUCAUCGACUACUUGGCGAUGGCGCUCAAGCUGCCUCUGAUCAACCCGUACCUGGACAAGACCGCCGACUUCAGCAGCGGCGUCAACUUCGCGGUGGCGGGCGCGACGGCGCUCGACCGGACGUACCUCCUGCAGAACGCCAUCGUAAUGCCGCCGGGGAACAUGCCGCUCAGCUCCCAGCUCGACUGGUUCAAGGCGCAUCUCAACGCCACCUGCCCUUCGCAAGAAGAUUGUGCCAAGAAGCUGGGCAGAGCCCUGUUCUUGGUCGGGGAGAUCGGCGGGAACGACUACAACUAUGCGUUUUUUCAGAAGAGGUCCAUUGAGGCCGUGAAGGCGUACGUGCCACAGGUAGUGAAGAGCAUUAUGGACUUCACAAAGGAGGUGAUCGAGCUAGGAGCGACUCAGAUCAUCAUCCCUGGGAACUUCCCCAUCGGGUGCUCGCCGAGUUACUUGUCCCUCUUCUCCGUCGCCGGCUCAGCAGACCACGACGAGAGGGGCUGCCUCACUAGCUACAACUCCUUUGCGGCGUACCACAACGAGCAGCUCCAGGAAGCCAUCGACAAGCUCCGGAAGGCCAAUUCCGACAUCUCCAUCGUCUACGCCGACUACUACGGCGCCUUCCUGCACCUCCUCGACCACGCAUCCGUCCUUGGGUUUAACGAGGGAUCGCUGCUCAAAGCAUGCUGCGGAUCGGGCGGGGAGUACAACUUCAACAUGGACUUGAUGUGCGGCGGGAUGGGAUCCAGCACGUGCACAGACCCAGCCCGACACGUGAGCUGGGAUGGCAUCCACCUUACCCAGCAGGCCUACAGGGCUAUGGCGUUGUCGCUCCUCAUGGAGGGGUUCGCGCAGCCUAGCGAGAGCGUUCAGGAGAUAUGGAGUUGUUGAUUGGAUGCACUCCAUACUGCCGCUAACCCUCCAAAAAGUGUCGGCGCAUCGAGGCAUAAUAGAAAGUGCUGCAUUUAGUCGUGUCAAUGAUGUAUUUUGAGGCACUUUUGAGAUACUACCAGGAAAUGUACAUGUUGGCACUUAAAAAAC